GCUGCCGGAGCCAAUGCCGCCUCGCUCACUCGCCCGCCCGCUCGCGUGACUCCGCAACCGGGCGUCACGCACAUUAUCCGGCUAAUUUACAUACAAAACGCCGCCCAGGGGGACGAACAUGAUCGUCCACCGUCGACCGAAAGCAACACGCGCAGGAGGGGAGAGGAAGAGAAAAAAAACAGCCGGAAAAAAAAGUUUGAACGGGAGCGGGUUGUUUAUUUAAAAACAACACGGAGGAGAAGUGUUUCCAGAACCGAGACCAGCCUCGUCGGGCUCUUCGCCCUCACUUUCUGGACCGCGAUAUGGACGCUUUGAAAUCCGCCGGAAGGGCAAUCAUACGCAGCCCGAGUAUCGCCAAACAGUCGUGGACCGCGAGCAGACACCGGAAGCUUCCGGAGAACUGGACGGACACCAGGGAGACCCUCCUGGAGGGCAUGGUGUUCCAGCUCAAGUACCUGGGGGUCACGAUGGUUGAGCAGCCCAAGGGAGAGGAGCUGUCCGCCGCCGCCGUCAAGAGGAUCGUGGCCACGGCCAAAGCCAGUGGAAAGAAGCUCCAGAAAGUCACGUUAACGGUCUCCCCUCGAGGAAUCAUCCUUUACGACAGUGCCUCCAACCAGCUGAUGGAAAACAUCUCCAUAUACAGAAUAUCCUAUUGCACAGCGGACAAGAUGCACGACAAAGUGUUCGCCUACAUCGUCCAGAGCCAGCACAACGAGACCCUGGAGUGUCACGCUUUCCUCUGCACCAAGAGGAAAAUGGCCCAGGCGGUCACCCUGACAGUGGCCCAGGCGUUCAGAGUGGCGUUUGAAUUCUGGCAGGCUGCUAAGGAAGAGAAAGAGAAGCGAGUGAAGUCUGGUUCAGACGGAGAAGGAGCCAGCAACUCUCAGUCGGACAGCUCGGCCAGCCUGGGCAGCCUGAAAGCAGGAGAGGUAGCCACAGCAAGGCUCCUGGAUUUGGCGGAGGGAGCCAACGCGGCGCUGGUCCACUCGGCAUCGAAGCAGAUGGAGUCGGACCCCUUUAUGGUGCAUAAUCACGCAACAGAGAACAACAAUACUGUAUGGGAGCUGGAGGACGGUCUGGACGAGGCUUUUUCAAGCCGCAGUCUGGAUAGCUUUGAAUCCUACUCAGACUCGCUGAGUCUCGCACUAACCCCCAGGUCCUGGACAUUGGGGUAAACCCUCAGGACUUCAACACUGAAGAGUGCCUGUCCCCAGGCAGAUGGGACCCGGAGGACACAGACUUCACCACGCACAAGGACGCCUUCUGAAGGAGCGUAAGGGAAGGGGACACAUGAUGGGGGGGGGAAAGCUGGACAGACAUGGUUUGAGACAUCGGUCUGAGGCUUCCCAGCUUCCUCCUUUGCCGGCGUGCGUCUCGGCGGUCCGGUCCGGUGGCUUCCUGAUGCUUCUGCAUCUCGUGGACCAGAGGAGGACAACAAGAGCAGGCGGCUCACAGAACAGGCCAAAGCAAUACCAAAACCAAUAUACCCCUUUUUUAUGAAAAAACAAAACAUGCAGUCAUUUAAUGUUUGUUACGUUCUAUGUGUUACUUCCUUUGUGUCUGUUUAACCAGUUACUGUUAGUAAUGUGUUUAUGGUAUGCGCUUGUGUGCAUGGCAUUACAUGAAAUGUGUAUGUGUGUGUGUGUGUGUGUGUGUGUGUGUGUACAUUAAAUAAAUGUACAGAGUGAGCUGAGAGAAGUACGGCGUGUUGAGGUUGAAUCGGGUCAUAAAGGGUGCUGUCUCAUUUUAUUCACCUAAAGUUCGAGCUGGAUUAGAGGGAAAGGUCACCAGUAUAGGAUGAAAGACGGUCACUACCUACUCACUUCAAGGAUUCAGCCUUUGUAUGGGGGGAAAAAUGAAGAGAUGGUGUCAAAGAUCGUCUGUGUGGGAAAGCGAAAAUGGAUGAGAACAAAACGACAAUCCCUCUUCCUUCCCCUUUUUUACAUUUUUUUAUUCAAAAAUCAAUUUUCACACUUGGCAUUCAUUCACUUUAAAAAGCCCAUAUUUAAUGUCAAGAUGCAUCAAACCCAUUAUCCAGGCUUCAAUGCCUCUACUCUUUUCAUAUCCCCUUGUUUUUAGCUUUCACUCACAGUGGAUUCAUUUUGUUUUUCCCCAGAAAUGGUUAGAAAGUCCCUCUCCUGCUCGUAGAGAGGACCGGCAAACCGGACGGGUUUGUUUCACCUGGUUUCGGCUCCUUUGCCCAUGUCAGCAAAAUGCAUUCAUUACCUGUGACUGACAGGGAAAAAAAACAAGUUCAACGGUUUAAUGUGUUCUAUUACCACGCUCCCACUGUAUGUUAAAUUAUAUUGUUGCAUUUACUUUCAUUUUUAUUUUUAUCGGAAAGUGUUUCCAGUGUUAUUUUUUGGCAUUUGUUUAUGUAUGAAUUUUAUUUUAUUCAUUAAUUUACAUACCAUUCAAUAAAAGUAAUACUGUU